AUGCCUUAUAAGAGGAAUUUUAGAUCCUCGCCAACGACACAAACAUCACCACUGUCCACAUUCCUUCCGACCAAGCCAAAGCAUGUCAUCAAUCUGUUCAACUCAACAUCGUCCGACCUGACCUCCACAUACUCUGGCGUGUCCGACUCGGUCUUUUCAAACUCAAACAGCAGCAGUAUCAACAACAACAAUAUACAUAAUAAUAAUAGUGUAGUCAAUGCUUCAAACUAUGAUGGUAGUGGCGCAACAGUCCACUCACCAAUGACAGGUGGCAGGAGUUCCAAACCCUCCAGUAAUAAUAGUACUGGCUACACCUCAAUCAAAGACUCAUGUCUCAACAUGUACCAUUCAAUACAGAACUACUUCCGAUCAAAGUCUAAUGUAUGCUUCGAGACAGAUGACCUAUAUGAAUACAGGAAGCAGAACACCUUCCUAAAUAAUAUGAUAUCACAAAAGAGGAACAAUAACAACUCCACCAGCAACAGCAAUAAUAAUAAUAAUAAUACUACCACUUUGUUGACGACGACGACAACAACUACAACGACGACUACUUAUACUACAUCUGCACAACUUCCAUUGACUGGUAACAAUAUACUGCCGCCACAUCAUGUCCAAGCACUACAGUCCGACUAUCUGAUUGACCAGACUGGGGCCGCGCCCUCAUUCUCAAAGAGCGGCACCAUUCAUCUGCCGUCGCCAUGCUUCAAAAAGACAUAUACACUGCCCAACAAGGACACGCGGGUCGAGGAACAAAUCAUCCAUCACCAACCAAUGGCCGACGAAAGCAGUCGCUUCUACACACUCUUCAACAUCCUCUGCAACUUCAUCCUUCAGAACUCACAAAUACCACCACAAGACAAGUACAAAGCAAAGCUAUGCAUUGGCUUCUGUCUCACUGUCUUUAGCUUCAUCCCUUCAUGGAUCAUAUUCUUCUGGCUCUCAGGACUCACUGAACCAGCUAUAAUGGCAAUACUAUCAUUGCCAAUGUCAAUCUCAUCGCUUUGGGUACUGCGCAAGACAGGCUCAACUCAUUACCCUGGACAUAUGCUGUGCUUCACACUAUGCUUUGCACUUACAAUGAACUCAUACUACACUGGUGGACAUCAGAGCACGCUGCGGCUUCUCAUGAGCACACUGCCAAUCGUGUCUGCAUUGGUCAUCGGUCGACGCGCGUCGGUACAGUGGUCAUUGGUAGUCCUCUUCAUUCUUCUGCUAUUCUUUGUUGCCAACCUUGCCGGCUACGAAUAUGUCGAUGGCAUCCCUACGAUCACCAUCCGCUCUCACAUGAACUUCAUUAUCGAUGUCACCUUGGUGCUGAUCACAAUGUCCUUCACGCUGUGCUACCAAUACUUUAUCGAUGAAGCGCACCGCGAGACCAAACUAAAGAACCAGCAGCUGACCCUGGCCAAGGAUGCCGCCGUCGAGGCGUAUCAAGCUCGCCAGGAGUUCCUCGCUACAAUGAGCCACGAGAUUAGAACACCACUCAAUGGACUGAUCGGCAUGGCAACGCUACUGCGAGACUCAAUGGCGUUGCCACCCGAAGAGAAGCAAAUGGCCAAGUCGGUCAAGUCGUGUGGCGACAUCCUGCUCCGACUGGUCAACGACAUUCUCGACCUUUCCAAGCUCGAGGCCAAUCAGAUGGUCGUCGAGAACAUCCCAUUCGUCCCAGGCGAGCUCGCCCACGAGAUCUGCCAAGUGCUCUCCGGCCAAGCCAAAGAGCGCAACCUCUCACUCUUCUACGAGGUGUCUGACCGCGUCCCAAGCGUACUCUGCGGCGACACUGGCAGGAUACUCCAAGUGUUAAUGAACCUGACUGGCAAUGCUUUGAAGUUCACACCAGAGGGCAAUGUAAAGAUUAUAAUAGACUUGAUCGAAGACGAUAGCGAGAAGAUAUCGUUCAGACAGGGCGAACAUAGUGUCUGCUUCAGAGUCCAGGACACUGGUAUUGGAGUGCCACCAGAGUCACACCAAAAGAUAUUCGAAGCAUUCGUCCAAGCCGACCCAUCAGACAGCCGAAAGUACGGUGGCAGUGGCCUGGGCCUCUACCUCUGCGCCAAGCUCGUUAAGCUAAUGCGUGGCGAGAUUGGUGUCUACAACAACCGACCUGAACAAGGCGGUGGCUCAACCUUCUGGUUCAUCUUGCCCCUGACCGGUGGCGAUGUGGCGGCGCUCCAUCCCAACGGCGCCGAUCAGCAUCGCAUGUACAACCAAGGCGGCAACGGUGGCGAGAGCAACAUCCGUGUGCUGGUGGCUGAGGACAACAUGAUCAACCAGCGCGUGGCCGUCAAGUUCCUGGAGAAGAUCGGCAUUAAGGCCGACGUCGCUUCCAAUGGCAACGAAGUGCUCGUCCUGUUGGAGAAGCAGGCGUACGACUUGAUCUUCAUGGACUUCCAGAUGCCCAUCCUGGACGGCCUGCGCUGCUCGUACACCAUCCGUCAGAUGGAGUCGUGUGGCAAGUGGCCCGACCGUCUGCCCAUCUUCAUCUGUGGUCUCACGGCCAACACCAUGUCCACGGACAAGAAGCGAUGCUUUGACAAUGGUAUGAACCACUUCAUCUCCAAGCCAUUCCGAAUGAACCAGCUCAAGAGUGCCAUCGACAUUGCCAUCGAGUAUCGAGACAACAAGCAUCUUCAGAUUGGUGUUCCACAUCUGUGA